AACUGUUCUUGUCAUUCUUCUCCUCCUCCUCCUCCUCCUUUCUCUUUUGAUCACAGGGAAGAACAGAGAUGGGUAGCUUAGAGGAGGACGAGCUGGUUCGGAUGGUACGAGAUUUCAUAGAAUCAGAAUCUCCUUCCCCGACGAACUCUUCUUCCUCGAACUGUCUUGCGUUGAGCCAUCGAACCCAGUAUCUUAUUCUGCAGGAUGUUCUGACGGGUGAGACAUCGUCGGAGGCCAAGGUUCUGAAGCAUGUGUUGAAGCAUAUGAAGGGAAGAAGAGAUACUAAGAGAAGCACGAGUCUGCGGAACUGGCUCGUCAAGAACCUUAAAAUCGAUGGCCUUCGUGCUUCUCUGUGCCAAACAUCCUGGUCCACUUCCUUAGGUUGUCCAGCUGGUGAAUAUGAGUUUAUUGAAGUGAUAAAUGAAGGUGAGAAUGGUAGAACAGAGAGGCUAAUAGUAGACAUAGAUUUCAGGUCUCAGUUUGAACUAGCAAGGCCGACACAAUACUACAGAGAAAUGAUAGAUUCAGUGCCAGUGAUAUUUGUUGGGAAUGAAGACAGAUUGUGUAAGAUAAUCUCCUUGUUGUGCACUGCAGCCAAACAGUCCCUUAAACAGAAAGGUCUUCAUGUUCCUCCAUGGAGAACAACUAGUUACAUGCAAUCCAAAUGGCUCUCUGGGUCUCGCAAAGAGCUUGAAAAUCCCAGAAACGAUUAUACUGGUUCUGCAGAAAUUGGCAACUGGGUUCCUCCAAUGGUGAAGCCUAGGAAAAUGGAUUUGCCUUCUGCUUCUUCUGCUUUGUCUUGUCAAUUCUCUAAUAUGAGCUUAAAUUGUUGCAAUGUCUAGCCAGACUGCAGAGUUAUUAUAGUCCAGUUUUGGGUCUACUUUUCUAGUUGAUCCCCAGCAGAAUCCUUGUAGAGUCAAUGCAAUUUUGUCUCCAGGCAUUAAACUUUUCAAGUUUUGUUUAUAUUCUUGAAUAAUUUUUGGCUGACAAGGCAAGAGAGAUGGUCUGGUAUUAUUACUGAGUUCAUUGUAAGUGUUUAUGUGAUAAUAUAUAUAAACAUAUAAUUUAGAAAGGGAUUA